AGCUUGCGACACAAACACAUCUCUGCUACUUGCAUGGUCUUCAUUUGAUGGUUUACGAGAGACGAGAGUGUUGAGUUCUAAGACGGCAAAAUCUGAGAACCAUGAAGUGGCUCAUAGCAUACUUAUCUGUACUUUUUUUCAUCAAGGAAUUCGUGCUACUUGAUGCAACAGCUCCUAUCCGACUUGCGCAUGAUACGCUCUCUGUAGCAAAUACACCAUUCCACGGCGUCGGCGGCAUUAUACAAGUCUACCACAGUGGGCAAUGGGGAACAGUGUGUUAUGGUUACUUCGAUAUGAAUGAUGCGAAGGUUGCAUGUUGCCAACUUGGUUUUACCAAAGCUGUGGGAUAUUGGUCGAAUGGACGAGGGACGGGUAAAGUUUGGCUGUAUGACAUGCAAUGCAAAGGCUCAGAAGCCUCACUUAGUCGCUGUUCGCAUAAUGGGUGGGGGAGCGUUCACUCUGGGUGCAACAGUCACACGUGGGAUGUUGGUGUCGUGUGUGCUGGCUACACGGGAUCUUCUGCCAGCGACAUACGAUUUGAACCUGGUACAAAAAUACAAAAUGCUGUAGCGGGUCUCGUGGAGGUGUAUCACCAGGGUCAAUGGGGAACAGUUUGUCAUGGUGGCUGGGAUAUGCCCGAUGCCAAGGUUGUUUGCCGUCAACUUGGUUUUACCAAAACUGUUGGUUAUUCGUAUGAUGGACAAGGAACUGGUAAAGCAUUGUUGAACAACAUGGGAUGUUCAGGCUCAGAGGCCUCACUUGGAAGCUGUGCUCAUAAUGGAUGGGGAAACGUUCCCUCGUGGUGUAAUCACGAUUAUGAAGAUGCUGGUGUCGUGUGCACAGGAUACCAAGUUCGUUUAGAGGGCGGUCCCAGCUCCAAAGAAGGCCGUAUUACUAUCAAAUUUAAGGAUACAUGGGGCUCAAUCUGUAAUAAUGGCUUUGACAACCGAGAAGCAAAUGUGGUCUGUAGAAUGCUUGGUUAUUUACGUGCUGCAGCAACAAGAAGCUACUCAAAAUCGUCGUCGCAGACUGCAUGGUUGAAAGACCUUUCAUGCCAGGGAACUGAAAACACAAUAGAAAAUUGCACCCAUUCUGAUUUUGAGAGUCAGACGUGCCCAAACAACCAGGUUGCUGGAGUUCUUUGUGCAAAUGAACCAACCACAACACCUCCACCACCCACAACACCUCCACCACCCACAACACCUCCACCACCCACAACACCUCCACCACCUCCACCACCUGAAGUUAGUAUUGUGGCAAACCAUAGAGUGCAAAUCACUUAUAAUGGUUUUAAUAGGUCCGUUUGCUCCGAUGGCUUUGAUACAAAAGAUGCACGAGUAAUAUGUAGAAUGAACGGAUAUGUCGAUGUAGGUCAAAUCACUUAUAUUGACAGUCAAACUCUAUGCGCAAAAUUAAGACAAGUUUGGAUCUUGAACAUGACGUGCCAAGGACACGAGAAGAAUAUAACAGAAUGUAAUAUCUCUUGGAAUUUGAAUGGUUUGUCUUGUCCAACUAACUAUUAUGCUGGUGUAAUUUGUAAACCAGUAUUGGAUUUGCGACUUGUUGGCGGAGCUAGUAAUACCAGUGGUCGUCUUGAAAUAAAAGUAUCUGGAAAAUGGGGCACAGUAUGUGACAAGGGCUGGGAUAUCAAUGCUUCUGAUGUUGCUUGUAGAAUGCUUGGAUUUGCAAGAGCCCUGAAAUUCGAAAAGUUUCAACCAGGAAACACAUUACAACCUAUUUUGCUUCAAAACACAUCAUGCGUUGGCUGCGAAAGGUCUCUUGAUGAUUGUUAUCAUCCUGCGUGGGGUACAAAAUCUACCUGCGAUCACAGUAAUGACAUUGGAUUAGUGUGUCUCCCAGGAGGGCCACCAAAUCUCUCCGCUAAAUUGAUGGCAGAUGGAAGAAUAGAGAUUAGUUACUAUGGUGUUAAAAGAUCCAUUUGCUACGAUGGCUUCGAUACUAAAGAUGCAGGAGUAAUAUGUAGAAUGAACGGAUAUGACGAUGUUGCGUACAUUACCCAAAUCCCUAGCCAAGCAGGAAACUCAAGGACAGAAGAAGUAUGGCUUUUAGACAUGGCUUGCAAAGGAGACGAGAAUUCCAUCAAAGGAUGCAGUAAUUCCUGGAACUGGGAAAACAAGAAUUGCGCAAAAAAUAACAAAUUACGAGCUGGAAUUGUGUGCAGGAGAAUAAACGACACACUAGAUGUUGAAUUCCGUCUUGAGGAUGUAACCACUCCAGCUCCAUAUUCUGGACGCCUAACCGUAAAGUAUUAUGAAACAUGGGGAAAUAUAUGUGCUAAGGAUUUAAAGCUAGAAGACGCACAUGUCAUCUGCAGAAUGUUAAACUUUACCGGAGCACUGACGAUUUCUCAUUGGGGUAAACAUACUGGUAACGUAAGUUUUGAGCUUGUCAAUCACUGCAAAGGAACAGAAGUCUCCAUGCAAAAUUGUACAGGAUUAAAGCUAGAACAGGUUAGCACAUGUGAAGAAGGCAAUUACGCAGGGGUUGUUUGCACUCCGAAGAUUAUAGUCACACCAACACCUUUACCUCAAAAUGUACGUCUAAGCGGUGGUGCAGACAAUGCAAGUGGCCGAGUUGAAAUUAAAAGACACAAAAUUUGGGGAUCGGUUUGCAAUUCGGGAUGGGAUAUGCGUGCAGCUAAUGUAGUAUGUCGUAUGAAAGGUUUUGAUAGCGCAAUUACAGCAUAUAAGUCAUAUGGCGAAGGAACUGGUCCAAUAUGGAUUUCUGGGCUUCGAUGCAAAGGAAAUGAAAACAAUAUUGAAGAUGAUUGCGAAAAGGAUGUACAAGAAAAGACAACUUCAUGUAACCAUAGCAUGGAUGCUGGAGUGGUCUGCCGUCGUUAUAAAGAUAUAAUAACAGUCGAUCUGGAAAAUCGAACAUCAGACUAUGAUGGCAGAGUGACGCUAAAGGUAAACGGCAGCGCGGGAUCAAUUUGUGGUAAUGGUUGGAACAAAAAGGAUGCUGAUGUCGCUUGUCAAAUGAAAGGAUUUAAACAAGCUUUAGUACCCAUCAGCCAUUUUGGAGGAGGACCAGCCAAAAUCUGGUUGUCAAACGUACGCUGUAGCAAUAGCGACAAAUCACUGAAAGAUUGUAAUCAUGAUGGAUGGAUAAACAACUCAUGUCCUAAAAAUCACCAUGCAGGAGUGAUAUGCGAACGGCCUGGAGUCAACGACCCAAAUUUUGGUAUGAAAUUGGUUAAGGUUCCUGGAACAAAUCUAAGUAAAGUGGAAGUCCAGUACUAUGGUGUUUGGGGAGCUGUAUCCGCUAACAACUGGAAUCUGGCUGACGCUCAUGUUGCGUGCUGGUUUAAUGGCUCAGGAAAAGCAUCAAGAGCAGAAGAAAUUACAAACAAUGACACACUUCCCAUUUUGAUUGAUAAUCUUAAUUGCCGAGGAAGUGAGAAUUCAAUAGAAGAGUGUGGUUUCCAAUGGGGUAUCUCUGGUGCUGGCCAAUCCAAAUUAGCUGCAGUUGAAUGCACCAAAGUUAAAAUAGAUAAAGACUCAAUGACAGCGACAAUAGGAACAGUAUCUGGACAGAAUGAAAGAUAUGGACAAGUGAAAAUACAAUACAAAAGCAAAGAAUAUGCUGUUUGUGGCGAUGAUACAUGGGACAAAAACGAUGCCGAAGUAAUCUGCAGGAUGAAUAAUUAUCGAAACGGAGCAAUGGCAGCGAUAAGGAAAUACACAAUUGUUCCAAACAAGCAAUUCCUUUAUGGAUUUGAAUGCCGUAGCACUGAAACUGGAUUAGACGAGUGUUUCCGCGUUCAAACUUUGAAUUGUCCAGGAAACUUCAUCGCAGGUGUUAUGUGUAAACCAAACAAAGGUGUACCGCCACCAAUGAAACUGCGGUUAGCAGAUAAUGGACGUGUAGAGGUAUCAUAUGGUGAUAAAUGGGGUACAAUAUGCAAUGACGGUAACAGCCAGAAAAAUGCUCGGGUCAUAUGUCGCAUGCUCGGGUAUGUCGAUUUUGAUGCGUAUGGUCCAACGUCCAAAACAAGUAGUCUAAUCUCUUGGCUUGGAAACAUGCAAUGCAAAGGAACUGAAAAAUCCAUUGAAAAAUGCAGUCCAAGAUGGGGGGAAGCAGAUUGUAAUGAUGACGAAAUGCUUAGAGUCACUUGCAAGAAAGCUGAUGCUCCUCACUUCCAAAUCAUCGGGAACGAUGCUAUUACUGACUCAACUGUCAAAAUCCACUUUCAGGACGUUGGAUCCAUUUCAGGCUUAAAAGCCAUCUAUCAAAUUGCUGUUGAAAGGAGGCCAUAUGAAGAGCGUCUCCAAUCCUUUAAUACUCAACAAAAGCGCUUCGAAUUUAAGAUAGUAAAUUACACCACAAGUGCUAACCUUAAAAGCGAUUCUUACAUUACUGCUGAAAUAGAUAGUUCAUAUCUACCCAAGAACAACUUUACCAUUGGUGACCUCAGUUUCACCCAAGGAAAUGAUGGGUUUACUAAUGAGCCGCUUCAACCAGAGACACCAUAUAGAGUAUAUGUGAGGAUCGCAACUGACUCUCAUGAUAAGAAAACAAGGAUUUUUGGUGAUUAUUCUUACGUGGCCUUCAAAACAAACAAAGUCUUCGCUAAAGGUCGAGCUGAAAAACUUACCAGUUCGAGAGGUGGCGAAGCAGUGAUAGGAAUGUCCAUUGUGAUAAUAAUGUUGAUUGCUGUUAUCAUCUGUGCCUCUGUCUGGUUCAUAAGAAAACAAAGGAAUGAGGAAAUGGACGCUUCUGAUAAAAGUCAAGGACUUGAGAUGACAGACAAUGGUGACAUGCGUACAGUUAAUGAUAUACCAGAAGGCUACUACCAGGCACCGCUACGUGAAGAGCGYAACGAAUACGUCACUUCUCCAGAAAAGGAUAAUAAAGCUGCCUAUCAGUCUUUGGUAACUCGUACAAGGAUUGCUCGUAACAAGCAAGAAAACGAGUCUCCUUUGUACGUUGAAAUCAGGAGUUGAAVAGAUGAUUCCCGMAUGAGCMGCAAUUAAACWAAAAACCAUAGUUUCUCAUAAAUAAAYGUAGAAAAUUGCGUGCUUUGUUUUAUUUUUAUUAAAACAAUAGAGAAAACGUAGAAUUUGAUAGGAGUUUGAACAAGCAAAGGAAAUAGCACUGUAAACAGUGCUAUUACAGGCUAGGUAAUCUGGUGUCUCUGAAGGUAAACACAGGGACCCCAGGAACAAUGUUCUUACUCAUUCACAAUCUACUUGUUUUCUCCAAAUUUUUCAGGCUUUCACAAUUGCCAUUCAUUAAAUAAAUAGUUAAAAUAUUAACCAAAAGGGAAAAUAUUGGAAUUCACAAUUGAAUUAAUUAGGGUACUUGAAAUAAUGAGGGUAUAAAAUAAAGGUGUAAAUUUUUGAAGCAUAAAA